AGGGUUGCCGAACCCAAAGUAGAACUGAUGGGCGGGAUUAAAAUGGAACCCACAGCCAAACACAUACUCCAGAGAGAAGGCACGACCAAUUGGACCGGGGUAGAGAGGAGGGGCGUUGCGGAGAGUUUUAGCCAAUAGAGAGUAUAGACCGGCGGGAACCUUUAGAAUCUCUUCCAAUAAAAAGCGCGAAGGGCGUGCCUUGCUUCUCUCACCGAGGCGGGAGUAGGUCUUACCCCAACCUCCCAGGGCUGACCAAUGGGAUCGGGGGCGUUGCCAAGAUCCGCCAACCAGAAAGCCGAGUGGAUCUAGGCACCGUUACUGGGGCGUGGCGUACGGUUUCUUAGCCACUAAGAUCUCGCCAGGGGCAGGCUCCCAAGCCUUCCAAUGCGGGACAUGGGCAAACUCUAGUUCUCCCAAUCGGUGCGCGACGCUGGCAAUUCAAACUGACAGCCUGUUGGAAAGGCAGAGAGCGGAAGAGGGAGCAAAAAACGACCUGUUCGGUAGCAGAGACCUCAAUCGGUGGCAGAGACCUCCACGCCGUCUGAGCCCCUAAAGCGACCUCUGUCCCGCCCCACCCAUACCACCGCGCGCUCUGGAGCGGCCGUUCGGGAGAGACUUGAGGGGACUGCGGGGGGCACGAGGGAGAGCCGAGGGGAGGGAGACGCGAGAGGAACCGCGCGAGAGCCCGCACGCUAAGGGCUGGGGGCUGCGGGGAGAGAAGUGAAGCGGUGGGCCUGCGAACGAGCACAACAGAGGAGGGUCGCGGGAGGCCUAAGGAGCACCCGGGAUCCUUCCAGUGGGAAAGCUGAGGAGAUUUCUGAAUUCUGGGGAGAAGAGAAAGAUUUCCAAAGAGGAGGCGUGGGUAGGGAAGCUUAGCCUGCGAUCCCAGAGAGAGGAAUUGGAGCUCUCCGUGGGAGGGGCUUAAGAGGGAAGGUUUAGAUAAAACACGGGAGAAGCUGAGGGAAUUCAGCCAAAGGGGCGGGAGUUAAAGGGUAAAGGAUCCUUCCAGACUGGAGUAAGGGAAUAUUGCAGAAAAGUUCCCGAGGCAGCUUGCCUUUUGUCUCCUCUCCACUCCCUUGCCCGAAAGUUGAAGAGAAAGUCAAAGUUGCUAUUUCUCCCGUCCCUGUUUAGUAAAUAUUACUUAUACCCUCCCACGGGAAAAUCGAAAAGGAACUCAUUCCCUUCUCGAUUUUAGGGCCUAGAAAAGCUCAAGGCCUCGCAAUUUGAUUUUUAACCUGGGGGCAUCAAACUAGGAGGGGAAUAGCUCUUGUUUCCACUUUGAAAAUCCUACAUCUCAUCCUUCCCCGGAAGCCAUGUCUACCAGCUGUUGUAGUUUCAAGGACCGCCGCGUGUCCAUCCUGUGUUGCAAAUUCUGUAAACAAGUGCUCAGCUAUAGAGGAAUGAAGGCUGUUUUGCUGGGCGACACUGAAAUAGACCUUUUCUCUACAGACAUCCCUCCUACCAAUGCAGUGGACUUCAUUGGAAGAUGCUAUUUCACUGAAAUCUGCAAAUGUAAACUGAAGGACAUCGCAUGUUUAAAAUGUGGGAAUAUUGUAGGUUAUCAUGUGAUUGUUCCGUGUUGUUCCUGCCUUCUUUCCUGCAACAAUGGACACUUCUGGAUAUUUCACAGCCAGGCGGUUUAUGGUAUUAACAGACUCGACUCUACUGGCGUAAACUUCCUACUUUGGGGCAACUUGCCAGAGAUAGAAGAGAGUACAGAUGAAGACAUGUUAGAUAUCUCAGCAGAGGAGUGUAUUAGAUGAAUAGAAUUAUGAUAUAUAUAUAUCUAAUUUACUUUUUCCUAUUUAAAAUAUGUAUUAAUGGAUCAAUUUCUAAAUUGUUAGUGAGAAUUUGCCAGUGAUUUCUUUUUUCCAAAAACAAAAAGUGGGGCAUUUGUUGAUUUAUUUAUUUAUUGUCUCGAAUGAAUUCCCUGUGUAGUUCUUUUCUUCUGCUUCUACUUCUAGCCUUUCUCUCUUCCAUCCAUCCCUCUGCUUGGUAUAAGUGUAUUCUGUAUUCUUUUUUUUUUUAAGUGUAUUCUUAAAUUCAGACAGUAGAAGAUUCUUUCAUGUGUCACUCAGCUAUCUCCCAAUCUGGGGAAGUUUUUCUUACAACAAGAUGCCAGAUGCCGUUAAUUUUACAUUCCUAAAUAAGCAGCAUAACUAUCCACCACAUACAUAUCGCCAUGCAUAAAUCCAUUAUAUGAAUCCAUGUGUAAAACCAUGCAUUUAAGCAGGCAUAUAUGGGUGAAGCUCAGUGGGGAAUUAAAGCUUAACAGGGAAUUUUCCGUGGUCCAGUAUCUAUGGGUACUGGCUAGCAUAUGUUAUACUGGUGGUAACCAUGUUACUAUGGGACAAGACUUUGUGAAUCAGCAAAUAGAAUAAAUUAAAACUUUAAAAAUAAAAUGACGGAAGAAACCCUCUUGAUUCCUCAGCAUGAUAUUAGAUGUAUAAAUUUGUCAGAAAAUGAUCAAUAUAUACUGUGUAUCAAUAUUAUUUAUUUACAUUCCUCUAAAGUCAUAUGGAUAGUGUAUUAUGAAAGCCAGAUAAACUGAACCUCCAUAUUUAACUUAUCCCAUCCUCUAGGGCUUUCUCUGUAAAUAGCAAAUUUUAGAUGAGUGGUCUCAGUUCCAAUUCUUCGACAGAAAAAAAAGGAAAGAAGUGGCUUGCUUAUGCCUUUGUACAUUGUAAAGAGGUGGGGGGGUUUCUUAAUUUUGUUUUGUUUGGAGCUGCAUUCAGAGCUACACAGGGACUAAGACACUGGGAUAAUGUUAGGUUCCUGUUUUAUGUUUAGCUAAAAUUAAUGUAUCCUUUUAACGAAGAGCUAUAGGCCUUUUGUCAACAGCGAUAUCAAAACAGACCAUG